AUGCUGGCCAGGCGAGCGACACCCUUGCUGGUACCGCUGCCAUCAAAGCCAUGCUCGCCAAUUGCCCGAGCCUUUUUUAGCGUGACGGCAGCGCCGCGCGCCGAUUUCACUCAUGCUGUCAUUGGCGGCGGCGUAGUCGGCAUCGCCGUUGCGCGACAGCUCGCGCAGCGCUCGUCCGGGUCCACGGUGCUGAUUGAGCGGCACACGGCGCUGGGCACCGAGACGAGCUCGCGGAACAGCGAGGUCAUCCACGCCGGCAUCUACUACGGCGCCGAUAGCCUCAAGGCGCGCAUGUGCAUCCGCGGCAAGCACCUGCUCUAUGACCUCUGCGCGCGGCACGGCGUCGACCACCGCCGCACCGGCAAAUGGAUCGUCGCGCAGACGCCCGCGCAGCGCGAGUCGCUGGAGGCGUUCCACGCCGUCUGCCGCGACAGGCUGGGCGUUCCCACGCGCUGGGUCUCGGCGGCCGAGGUCGAGAGGGACGGCCAGGGCGUCGUGGCUGCCGCGGGGGCGCUCGAGAGCCCGACGACGGGCAUCGUCGACUCGCAUGGCCUGAUGACCUGCCUGGCGGGUCUCUUCGAGGACGAGGGAGGCAUCGUGGCGCUCAACUCGCCCGUCAUCGGCGUCCGUCCAGAACAAGGCGGCGGCGGCGAUGACGGCACGCCGGGUACGAACGGCUGGGCGGUGGACGUGCGCGACGGCGCGACGGGGGAGACGUCCACCAUCACCGCCGACAGCAUCGUCAACGCCGCGGGCCUCGGCGCCGCGCACAUCCACAACAUGAUUGCGGCGCCAGACCGGCAGAUGGCGCUGCACUACGCCAAGGGCAACUACUUUUCCUACGCGUCCUCGCGGCCCGCCGUCUCGCGGCUCAUCUACCCGGUGCCCGAGCCUGGACUCGGCGGCCUCGGCACGCACCUGACGCUCGACCUCGGCGGCCGCAUGCGCUUCGGCCCGGACGUCGAGUGGGUGCGUAGCCCCGACGACCUCGCGGCCUUCAGCAAGGCGACCGCGCGCGGCGCGGCGCGCCUGCGCGAGGCCGUCGCCGAGAUCCAAAAGUACCUGCCGGGCGUCGACCCGGCGUGCCUGGAGCCCGACUACGCGGGCAUACGGCCCAAGCUGAUGGGGAAAGACCACAAGGGCUUCGUCGACUUUGAGAUUCGCGAGGAGGACGGAUACCGCGGCUGGGUGAACCUGCUCGGGAUCGAGAGCCCAGGGCUGACGAGCGCGUUGGCGAUUGCGGAGAGGGUCGAGGAGAUGCUGUACGGGAAUGCGCGCGAUGCUCAAUAA